AUGGGACACCUAAACCACUAUCUUGCUCUAGGAGUGAUAUUUUAUUGGGCCCUGAAAUCCUCUGCAAUAUCGGUAUCCUCAAGCUUCUCAAGCGGGACGUCAAGAACCACGGUUUCCGCCACUAUUUCCAACGGGGUGUCAAUAAACUACACCACUCCAGUCUCAGGGACUUGUGAGACAGCAUUUGGCUACCAGAGACAAUAUACUGGCUACGUCAGCCUCCCCCCAUCUACAACAGGGUCAAUUCAGCAAAACUACUCCAUCAACACCUUUUUCUGGUUGGUGGAAUCGAGACUCAACCCUCAAAACGCGCCAUUUACGGUGUACUUGAAUGGAGGUCCUGGAAGUACCAGCCUUGUUGGCGUGUUUCAAGAGACCGGACCAUGCGAAGUUAUUGAGAUCGCAAAGGAUAGACUUGGAACGCGCGCAAGAGAAUGGGGCUGGGACAGGAGCAGUAACAUGCUCUACAUUGACCAACCUGUGCAGUCAGGAUUCUCAUUUGACCAGUUGCGGGAAGGUUCCUUAAAUCUACUUGAUUCAAAAUAUACGUUUCCUCCAUCUGAACCACCAGCGAACCAGUCUAAAACUACCUGGCUUAAUGGUACAACUUCUUCCAAUAACGUGCAAGUCACCACAAACACCACUUCCACUGCUGCAAAAGCGCUUUGGCAUGUUCUGCAAGCUAUUCUAGCGGAGUUUCCACAAUACGCCUCUGUGUCUCGGCGCGCUGCGAAUAUUCACCUAUUUUCAGAGAGCUAUGGAGGCAAAUAUGCCCCAAACUUUGUGUCUUAUUUCGAAUAUCAAAAUGCAAAGCUGAAAGAAGGAAGGUUAUCUCCUACGGAUACGCUUGAAAUAAACGUUCGAUCUAUAGGAAUAUUGCAAGGCUGUAUUGACGACCUUGUUCAAAACCCCUACUUUCCGAUUUUUGCAUACAACAAUAGCUAUGGUAUCAGCGCCAUAACACAAGAAGAGAAGGACGGCUUCUUGACGAAUUUUUCUAAGCCGGGCGGCUGCCGAGAUAAAGUUAUUGGUUGUCGAGAAGAAAUUAAAGCUUCCGACCCUGAAAACACUGGCACCGUAGAGGCUGUGAAUCAAAAGUGCCUAGAGGCGCUUUCUACGUGUUUGUCAGAAACACCCAACUUAUUCUCGAAACUCGGGCGUAGCAGCCACGAUAUCUCACAGAGCAGCCUUGAUCCAUUUCCGCCUCAUACAUACCUUGAAUACCUUAACAAGGAACACGUGCAGAAAUCAAUCGGAGCUCAGAUGAAUAUUACGGACUAUAGCUCAACUGUUUCAACCGCCUUCCUCGGUACCGCUGACUAUGACCGGGGAGAUUACAUCUCAGAACUAGCCAAGCUGCUGAAUAAAGGAAUACGAAUUGCUCUGAUAUACGGGGACAGGGAUUACAUAUGCAACUGGAUGGGUGGCCAGGCAGCCGCAUUUUCAAUUGCAGCUUCGUCUUCUUCGUAUCUCCGCGGCUUUAACGCCGCUGGCUAUGCGCCCCUCAUCAUCAAUGAUACCUAUGUUGGAGGUAUGACUCGCCAGUUCGGCAAUCUAUCAUUCACCCGAAUAUAUGACGCCGGUCACUUGAUAUCUGCCUACCAACCGGAGACACUCUUCACGCUCUUCUCGCGCAUCGUCCAGGGAUCAGUUGACCUAUCCACUGGCCAGAAGGUAGAUAUAUCUAAAUUUAACACUAAGGGUGAUGCAAAUACUACAGCGACCAAUUCAGCCCCUCCGAUGGCUAAACCGACUUGUUACCUUCGGAAGGUGAAAGAUACCUGUUCACAAGAGCAGGCGGGAAAGCUGGCUCGUGGGGAUGGGGUUAUCGUCAAUGGAAUCUGGUAUGAGUCUGAAUCCGACUGGAAAAUGCCAUCCCCUGCUAGUAAAGAUGGGAAAGUUGGUGCAGCUUGGACCAGGAGUGUGGUCCAAGCUUACGUUGCUACCAGCACACCGUCAAUGAUAGGGCAACGUUCGGUUAAACGUUCAGCGGGGACGAAGCAAUUUGGCUCCUUGGGCUUGUUUGGCUUGAUAACAGUCGUUUUCGCAGGGCUCACUACGACUUCCUUGCUAUGUUAA